UGGCCAGACUUAUUUUGAUGAGACCAUGCCUGAAUUUGAAGGUUUCAGCAUAGAAUUUCCUUCACUGGUGGGUGAUGAUCUGAUUUCCAAUGAAUCUAAUCUUCCAAGUCUGGUAAGAGAACGGGCUUCUAUUUUUGAGCAGUUAUACAAAUCAAACCAUGUGCUUACCCCUGUGUCCUGCACUUCCUCAAAAUAUAAAAUACAUAAAGUUCCCGAUGUGUACCAGUCUCUCCCCGCAGGACUAUUGGAGCACAUUAACCUCAGUUCUUUUCUUCACUUAAAUGAUGCAGAUAUAAGACAGUUUAGGGAAAGUGACGAGGGAAACUUGGCACAGUCUGAUAGUUCUUUUGUCAAAAGGACAUAUUCUUAUAGUAUGCCUUCAAGCACUGGAGUUGACCGAGAGUCUUGGAAGCCUCCUUUAACCCCUCCGGUAGUGAAGUUUGGCCAGAAAGUGGUUUCAGAGCGAAGUGGUGCUAGUUCAGAGAAGGUGGAUUCUAACCCAGAACUUGUAUGUUUCCGGAUUGAUGAAAACUCAAGUAUUGAAAAUGGGAAUAAUGGUGAGUUAGCUGUCUCUAAGGAGGAUAUUUUCUCAAGGAAGAACGAUGAAUUAACUAACAGAAAAGCACUUGCUGAUAUCACUGCAAAAUGUGAAAAUGAGCCAUGUUUUAUGUCGGAGUCAAUUAAAGUUAUAGAUAGAGACAGUUUAGAAUCCGUUAACUCAGAAUCCUACUUUAGGUCUGAGAUGAGUGCCCUCUCGAGUGUGCCUAAAGGAUAUGCUGGCAAUAAGUCUAAGAUAGGGGAAAAGGAGAAUUCAGACUUUACAGUUAGCAAAAAAUUGCGAAAAGCUGCAUUAUCUCUUCGUAACAGGUCUAGCAGGACAAAGAUGUCUGGGAAAACAAAUGAAAGAAGUAGAAGUCAUGGUAACUUGGAAAAAGGGUGUAGGCCUGCAAACAUGGUUUCCAAUAUAUCUUCAUUUGUUCCACUUGUUAGUCAGAAGCAAGCUGUUCUACCCUUGAAAGGGAGAAGGGACAUCAAAGUUAAGGCACUAGAGGCUGCUGAAGCUGCCAAGCGUCUUGAAGUAAAGAAACAAAAUGAGCGUGAAAUGCGAAAGGCAGCAGUGAAAUUGGAGAGGGAAAAGGCAGAACAGGAAACCAUAAGAAGGUUGGAGGUCAUGCAAAAGCAGAAAGAGGAAGAAAGGAAGAAAAAAGAAGCAGAUAUCGCAGAAAGGAAACGAUUGAGAGAAGAGGAGGGAAGGAAGGAGAAAGAAAGAAAACGUAGAUGCAUCGAAGAAACACGGAGACAGAAAAGAGAACAGAAGGGAAGGCCCCAUGCUGAAAAAGUAGAGCAGAAGCUCGAACACAAAACAUCAUCAGCGGAUGAGAAUGAACAGAUAAAAAAAGAGCAGCUGGAAGAAGCAAAAGGGAACCUGAACUCAGAAAAAGAUGAUGAUUUUCAGCAUCAAACAGAAACAGAACUGCAGCCAAACUCUAUCAAUGCUUUACCAGACGAGGAUAGAGAAGGCAGUACUAAUAUUGAAGCUUCAAAAUUUUGUCUGAAAUCUAACGAUGUUCAAAAGAUGGUUAUCAAGUCAGAUGACUCACAAGAAGUACUCCAGACAAGGAUUUCCAUCAAUGAAGAAACUCAAAAUCUACAAUCAUACGAGAUGUCUCCAUACAAGGAUUCUGAUGAUGAUGACGACGGAGAUGAAACCGGGCGCGAGAAGAAAUUCAUUCCCUUCUGGGCUAGAAGAGAUUGCUUACAUCAAAUAAUUCAUUCCAAACAACAUCUUGACCCAGCGACAGUUUUCUGCAGAAAACGUUCUUUUGGAUUAAAUGAAGUUCUUCCAACCCGCAUUCUUCGAAGGCCAGUUUAAUGAACAUCCUAGAAGCAUCUUUCCCACAAGAUGGUCGUUUCAAAUUGGUGAUUUCAGGGAUGAUUUUCUCAUUGUUCAGUUAGUUGUUUAACAAUUAGGCUGGCAAUCCAUGCAAUGGUGGGUUUUGUUUCUACAUGAAAGCUAGAAAACUAAGGUUAUGUACAGAAUGUAUUUUUGGCAGAAGUGAUUGAACUUGAUCAUGCUGGCUGAACCCUGGAAACUGUACUAAAGUGUCUUGAGGAUAUGAACCUAGAUAACUUAUGUGAACAUGGUUACAGCUGCCACAUGAACAAAAAAAGGUUGAAAAGGUUAUGCGAUGGAUAAAGUAAUUUUGAAGAGAAAGAUAAUAUAAGGUAAAUGUUGUUAGGGGGAUAAAGCAACCUUGGCCUUGGAUAAAGGUUAUAAUGCUGUCCACUAACUUGUUCUGGAUGUUUGUCGGCUUACCAUCUUAUUAGUUAUGUGAGUAUAGAUCAUGUCUAAGCUGGGGCUCUCAGCUUACGAAGACAUGUGAGUAUAGAUCAUGUCUAAGCUGGGGCUCUCAGCUUACGAAGACAUACUUGUGGAAGGCAACUGCUAAUGCAUUAUUUCAAUGCCAUAUGGAAGAACAUGGUUUACCUGGCCCAGGCAAUCAACUUGGUUGUGAAUUCUGCAGCAAGCGAGUUUUAUGUUGCAAGUGUAUCUUUUAUAAUUUCAACUCCAUGCAUUUUCCAUGUUGUAAAUGUUUCAAGCGCAAGGCAGCAAUCAUCUCUUAUUUUUUCAGUUUUAUAAAUUCGAAGUAUUCUGUUAUUUUUGCUCAUGAAAGCUCGAUAGAUGGUCGCUGGCCAUUCUGCUGUUUAUAUUA